AUGCCAGAUGCAGCAGAGGUGUUCGCAGUAUUAAAGCUUUUAAUGGAACUACUGAUGUUUUACGUUUUGAUAUUGGCAUACUACUUCAACAAAAAACUUGACCAGACAGCUUUGAUUCACUAUAAUUUAAAGCUUAUUUUAGUAAGUUUGUCCUACCCUACCCUACCCUACCCUACCCUCCUCUACCUUCAUUUGCCCCGCCUUUUCCGAUUUAGCCCUGACUUGUUUUGCCCUGCCCGCUCGUCCGGCUUUUCUCUGUCCUGCCCUUCCUGCUACGCCCUCCCGGUCUUGCCUUGUCCCGCCUGACCUUGCCCUAACUUAUCUUACUCUACGCCGCCUUUCUUUGUUAUGCCCUGCCCGCUUGUCUUUUUCCUGCCCACCCUGCCUUAUCCUACCCACUCUCUUUACUCACAUAACCUAUCUAUUUCAGCGUAACAUAGGCAUCAUCUUCCCCAUAAUCAACAUAUCUCGCUUCUUCUCCUAUGGCUGGGCGUAUGUAAUGCAAGCUGGACUAAUCUCACCAGUUCAAGCCAAUGUUGUUUGUUUGGUGUCUAGGUUUAUAGAAGAUGUUGGACUAGGUUGUUGUGCAACAUUGAUCAUACAGAUCACAUUAGAGCGAACGGCAGCAACACUGAUGAGGAAGACAUAUGAGAAGAAGGGUGCUCACAUUGGAUGGUUGAUCACUGGACAGACGGUUGGUUUUGGAACAUUUGCGGGGGGGAGGGGGGGGAGGGCGAUUUUGAAAAAAAAUUAAAAAAGGAUUACAUAUAAAAUGGCACUAAAAUAAAAAUUGUAAUUUUUUAAUUUAGUUUAGCAACAAUGACAAAGCGUUUUGGCUAGCCAAAUAAAACAUUAUAAAACAUUUUUUUUAGUUUUUUAUGGCUAUAUGUUUCACCAUAUCAAACAUAGUGUACGACGUGAUAGUAAGCGGUAAAAUGAAGCUGGAAAAACGUUAUGUCGGCUGUCGGCUAGACCAGUUUCAUCUCUUCAUGUACCUCAUGGUAUUUGUCUCCGCUUUCUUAUGUUCUGUCAUUGCUGCGUCGGUAGGUUUUACAUAGUAACUAUUGGGUAGGGCAGGAUAUGUUAGGGAAAGGUAGGGCAGGGCAGGGUAGGGUAGGGUAGGGUAGGGUAGGGUAGGGUAGGGUAGGGUAGGGUAGGGUAGGGUAGGGUAGGGUAGGGUAGGGGUAGGGUAGGGUAGGGUAGGGUAGGGUAGGGUAGGGUAGGGUAGGGUAGGGUAGGGUAGGGUAGGGUAGGGCAGAGUAAGGUAGUGUAGAGUAGGUUAGAGUAAGAUAUGGUAUUUUACAGUAAUCAUAAAACGACCUUUCAGGCCCUGUUCUACAUUUACCGGUACUGCCUAAAAAAGCUGAGUCAAAUGACAGAGAUGAAAUUAUCGACCAGAUAUCAAUAUAGUGAAAACAUAGCCUGUAUCAAAGCCCUGUUACCGCCAAUGAUGUUCUACGUUAUCACUGCUUCAUCCGGUGUUUAUGUGACAAUUUUUGUUUAUACAAACUUCUGGGAGGAUGAACAAAUCGAGGAAAAUCGGGACCUCAUUGAUGCUCAUCUUAUGGUAGGUUCUUCGAGAUUUGUAGGAUGGGCAAGGGUAUAAGUACAUCAGGUUUGAACCUCGGCAAACAUAGGUAACUUCCAUUAAAGAACAAAAAAUGGCAAUAACUUUCCUUACAGAUCAAAAAAUGACAAAAUUUAUAGUAGGCAUGAUAUAAAAUGUCAAAAACUUUGUUUCCAUCUAGUGCUCCUCUAACUUUUUAUAAUCAAGCGCACCGUUGCUUAGCUUGUCAGAUCGGACGGGAUCGCGCUUUCGCACUGUGCAAACAAGACAAAUGGCGUUGCACGGUGCAGAAAUGAACUUUUUGGCAAGAACUUUGUUUACAAUGAUGGAAAAUGGCAUUUUUAAAUUUUUUUUGAAAAACUGCAAUAGCUUUCUUUACAUAAUGAAAAAUGGCAAAAACUUUCUUUACAAACCAAAAAAUGGCAAGAACACAAUUUUUCCCCACAUGUAAAUACUAAAAAUCAAUACCUUUCAGGUAUUGCACAUAAUUGGCCAAUUAUAUGCCAUUGGAGCGAUGACAUGCUUCUUAAUGUCAUUUAAACCACUACGUCAGAAUGUGGCACAAGACUUUCAGUGCUGUUUUCGGAAAAAGUCGGUCGAACCGGACGAUACAAAGGAGAAGGCUGACGUUGUAAAGAGAGAGGAGAAUGUCGACUACUUCAAGAUGAUGAACAAGACUUGGCAAUAA